AUGGCAAAUCCAGCAGAUACUCUGUGCAAAGUUGGACGGAACAUUCGGGAUCAGUUUGUCUCUGUCGAGCGUCUGGUUAGGGAUGAUCUAGCCCUUUCGAAUGAGCUGCAAAGGUUCGAACUAUGGGCAAUCAAUCUCGGAGUUUAUCACGGUGGGCAUAGUUCCCUCGAUUACCGUCUACGGGAUGCAUCUCUUGUUUUUAAUUAUACUCUUGACUUACUUCACGACUUGGAACGGGCGCUGCAUCAGUUCCAAACAUCUCUCAUAAAAGAUGAUACCGAUCUACAUAUCGAUAUCGAGGAAGAUUCCGAUGAAGAGGAUCUUUCGUCAUACCAAACUGAACCCCCAACCGAAGCUUUCUUCAUUAAUAUCGUCUCGACAAUCGAUAGACUUUAUCGACUCGCAUUCAAGAUUCGAAAUCCUGCCAUGAGAUUUGGACUUUCCAAAGCAUCGACCUACACCGAGACUGACCCAGAGACUGGCCGAGACCUCAUCAAAGAGUUUGCGAUAGUUGAUGUUCUCCAUGUACAAGAGCUAUUUCGUUCUUUCGGUCAUACUGACCUUAGUCAAUGUCAGUACUUGAUCGAACGUCUAGCAAAGGCGAAUACCCGGCGGAGGCAACAAUUUCGAUAUUGGCAGAAGCGCAGAGCAAAGUAUGAAUCGCUCGAUCGCCAGCAUGAGACAAAAAAGACUCUUGACGAAGAGAAUUCUUCUAGAGCAGAAAAUCCAAAGCUGCCGCGAGCGCAAUCAGCUCCCUCGAUGCCCUCGACAGCGACUUGGCUUAAUCCAGAAAAGGUAAAUCUGGAUGAUAAUGUCUCUGCAAUAUCAUCGACAAGUACCUUUCUAUCAACACCCAAUGAGCGAAAUGGUGAUCAGGCAGUGAUCCCAUCCCCACCAGUAGUAGAUGUGUCCGCCAAAGAAUUUGAAUGCCACCUUUGCUGCACUAUGUGCCCACGGAAAACACUAGAGAAAAAAGCAUGGGAUCUUCACGACUGGGUCGCACAUGAAAGUACUUGGCAUUUGCCAACGAGUGCCGCAAGAGACAGUUCCCCUAAAAGUCAAACAAGGGAAUGCCUGAUUUGCCACGCCCAGGAUAUAUCAGUCUCUCAUAUUGCCUACCAUCUUCAGCGCAUAGCAAGUUUUGCUCUUCCGAGGCUGUCUGGCAGCGGAAACAAUCGCGACCCUUCUAGCGAAGUAUCCUACAGAGCUCAAGUUGAUUCUGAUAGCUCAGGAGGCCCUUUGAGUAGCGGUGUAAGUCUUGACCAAUCGAGUCUGGAUAUCGAGGGUGUUGAGAUCCCUGGUAUAAUUCAUGAAGAGGAUGCGGCUGCGGUGAAAAAGACUCUGCGUAUGUCUGCUGAAGAUGCCGAGGAUGCGGCAGCCGGCUUCAUUACCUUUCAUACCCCUCUUCCAGAAUAUGCAGCUGAGGUGACCGGUAUGAUGUCUGAUCUACAUACAAUCAGCUCCUCGUUGACCAGCCUGGAGGUAUUUUCGCAUGAUGCCCGGUACUUUCGCAUCCGGUCCGACGUGAACUUGGUGCUGAGUAGUAUGCAACUAACUUUGAAGGAUAUUUUCGAUCAUUUUCACCGUCUUGAUGGUGACAACAACACCAUUGCAGACUACAAGAUGGUGUGGCUGGAGAUGAGUAGGUUUUUCUGGGAUGAGUCGCAGUACAGCCUUUCAACCCGCCUGGCAAGAUACAAGAUUUUCCUCAGGGAGCUAGGAGACGCGGUGAAGGAUCCACCCGAUAAUCCAACACUCCUUGCGAGUGUUCGUGAGGGCUUGACGUCUCUCCUUAAAUUGCAGAACCGUCGUUUCAGUCCUGAUCUCGGAACUUCACCAAAUGCUGGGCUCCAGCCGUCUCCGGUUCUUCUUCCAGUCUCUCAUCCCCUCUCCAGCGGCAAUAUAGUGGAGCCUCAGAGCCCGGUCAUGUCAAUCAGUGAUGAUCGUCUGAGUGGGGCCAUGGUUGAAGAGCAGCCUGAGCUCACCACCCUAGACAGAGCCAUCGAUGAAGAAGACAUCUCUGUACUAAGGUCCCUCGCCAACGGAUACAGGAAUAACGGUCAUAAUGCCGCAGCGGUCAAGCUGCUUGAGCACGUGGUCGCAGUACAAGGGAAAACGCUAGAUGAAGACCACUCUGACCGACUGGCAUCUCAGCGUGAGCUGGCUAGCGCAUACCAGGCCGACGGCCAGCUUGUUAAAGCGGUUAAGCUACUUGAGCAUGUUGUUGGAGUACAAGGGAGAACUUUAGAUGAGAAGGACCCUGAUCGACUGGGAUCCCAAUAUCAGCUUGCUAGCGCAUAUCAAGCUAAUGGCCAGAUCCCCAAAGCCAUGGCGCUUGAGUUUGUGGUUGCGAUGCAAAAGAAAACCCGAGAUGAAGGCCAGCCUGACCGAAUGAUAUCCCAGCGUGAGCUAGCCACCGCAUACCAAGCUAACGGCCAGAUUGCUAAGGCGGUCGAGCUGCUUGAGCAUGUGGUUGCGGUACAAGAGGGAACACUAGAUGAGAAGGACCCUGAUCGACUGGUAUCCCAAUAUCAGCUUGCUAGCGCAUACCAAGCCGACGGCCAGAUUGUAAAAGCAGUUGAGCUGCUUGAGCAUGUGGUCACGAUACAAGGGAAAACGCUAGACGAAGGCCACUCUGACCGACUGGCCUCUGAGCGUGAGCUAGCCAGCGCAUACCAAGCUAAUGGUCAGAUUGCCAAAGCCGUGGAGCUGCUUGAGUAUGUGGUUGCGAUACAAGAGAAAACAGCAGAUGAAGGCCAGCCUGACCGACUGAUAUCCCAGCGUGAGCUAGCCACCGCAUACCAAGCCAACGGCCAGAUUGCCAAGGCGGUCGAGCUGCUUGAGUCUGUGGUUGCAAUACAAGGGAAAACACUAGCUAAAGAGCACCCCUCUCUACUGGUCUCCCAGUACAAGCUUGCUAGCGCAUAUCAGGCUAACAACCGGAUUGUCGAAGCAGUCGAACUACUUGAACAUGUGGUUUCUGUGCAGGAGAGAACCCUGGCUGAAGAGCAUCCCUCUCGGUUGAUAUCCCAGCGUAAAUUGGCGAGCGCAUAUCAAGCUAAUGGCCAGAUUGUCGAAGCCGUUAAGCUAUUCGAGCAUGUUGUUGCGAUACAAGAGAGAACUCUAGCCGAAGAGCACCCAUCUCGAUUAUCAUCCCAACAUAAGCUUGCUAGUGCCUAUCAAGCUAACGGUCAGCUCACCCAAGCCGUUGAGCUCUUUGAGCAUGUGGUUACGAUACGAGAGAGGACUCUGGCCGAAGAGCAUCCUUCUCUACUGGACUCCCAAGAUAAGCUUGCUAGUGCAUACCAGGCUAACGGCCGGAUUGUCGAAGCAAUGGAACUGCUGAAGCAUGUGGUUUCUGUGCAGGAGAGAACCCUGGCUGAAGAACAUCCCUCCCGGUUGAUGUCCCGGCGUAAUCUCGCCAGCGCAUAUAAAGCUAAUGGCCAGAUUGUCGCAGCACAUAUGGUUUCUGUGCAACAGAAAACUAUGGUUAAACAGCAACCCUCUUGA